ACGCGCCGGUGUGCCAGGAAGUGACCGGGCCCAGCAGAGUGUACGCCACGGGACUGGGCCAGUUCAUCAACGUGUCGUGCGAGGUGCUGGCGUCUCCAGGCGCCGUCAAGUACUCCUGGGUCUUCAACAACUCCAUCACCUCCCAGCGGCUCUCUGGCGAGCAGGUGUUUACCACUCCAGAGGGCGGCAGCGUGGUACAGUUCGUGGCCAGGACGCACCAGGACUACGGUACACUGCAGUGUUGGGCCCAGAACCUGGUUGGCAGGAUGACGGUACCUUGCCUCUUCCACGUCGUACCUGCAGGUCGUCCGGAGCAGCCAGUAGGCUGUGCAGUGAUCAACAAGACCUACGACUCCCUGGCAGUAGGCUGCCAGCCUGGCUUUGACGGGGGACUGCAACAAACCUUCGUGGCCAAGAAUGUUUAUGUUAGAGAAUGA